AUGGUAGCAACGCAGAAGCUCUAUCCCCGCGGCACUGUUAAGCGCAUCGUCAAAGCUCAUUCGAAUCGCAAUGUCAGCAAGAACGCUGAUAUCCUGGUAUUCCUAGACUACAUGCUAUUCAUGCAAGAAUUGAUGCGCGAGGCUUCGAUCCGAUCACGCAAGUCCGGCGAGAAGAAUAUAUCUGCAAACUCCAUCCGCAAGGUCACCGAGAAAACCCUGCGCAAAUUCCAAGGAUGA